UUGAGUUCCCAGUGUGUGUUAGUGGGGUAGGAAGGUACUGGCCUGCGCUGCCCGCAGUUGUGCUAAAUCCGUCUAAGGUGUCUAUAAUUUAGCCAAAGACAAUUCUUUUGCUGCAUAUCCUAUAGUUUUUGUAAUCUGGAAGUAGGGAAAAGCAGCGCUAAAUUCGGGAAGUGUGUCAUUGACAAGUGAUUCCAAGAGCAAGUGUAGUCAGAGUUGGUGAAGAUGCCAGUGAACGGGAAGGCUGGUUCACCAGAGCCAGAGUACAAGCUGGUCCGUCACGCUAGGUUCAGAACCUCGGACUCCACCCUGGGCAUGAAGCAUGAACCGCUCUCCUCACAGGACCAAGUGCUCGCUCGCCUCGAUGCUCUCUUUAAUGACAUCAAGGCCAGGCAGGAGGAAGGUUACACCAGGAGACAUAGUUACAUUGAUUCAUCCAACUGUGUCCAGCACAAGAAGGGUGCCAGCGGGGAGAGGCGUGGCAGUAUUGGAGAGAGGAGAGGUAGUCUUGGAGAUAAGAGAGGCAGUGUUGGGGAUAAGAGAGGCAGUGUUGGUGAUAAGAGAAGCAGUGUUGGUGAUAAGAGAGGCAGUGUUGGGGAGAGGACGAGUGUUGGAGUUAGCAAUAUGGGAGAGAGGCGGGGUAGCACAAGCAACAUUGCUGACCGUCGUACUAGCCUCAGUUCGGCUACUGACCGGCGGGGAAGUGUCAACAGUCUAUUGGACCGUCGUAACAACGUUACUGGCGGCAGCAAUGGCAUGGCGGAGCGUCGCAAGAGCGCGACAUUCGGAGAGCGUCGUAGCAGCGGGACUACGUCAGGUCCCCGUAAGAGCAGCAUCAAUAAUGGCUCCGUGAACGGAAGCGCUGAGCGGUGGGCCGGUGAUCGUCGCUAUAGUUUUAACAGCGAUCACGAAACAACGACCGCAAUGUUCCGUCUACACCCUCGCGUCUCUCCACGUGCCUCUCCCCGUCGUGAGCUGGAGUCUCCUAGGGCGUCUCCCAGGCGAGACCUGGGCCCUACCUCCACACCUGUCAAGAAUCCUGCCACCAGCACUGCACAGGAGGGGCGCAAAUUGUCUCGAGAGAACGAGGACAUUCCUCCCGAUCCAGCAGAGGUUAAGAGCGGCUUUCGACGCGACUCCUUGGACGUUGAGGCUCUGUUGGGGUCGCGGCGACUUUCACUGUACGACACCAGCAUACAGGAGGAGGACGAGGAGCCUUCUACUACCACAAGAGUCACACCCCCACGCUUCUCACCCUCUCCCAGGGCUUCACCUCCACGAUCAUCACCCUCACGAACCACGCCUCCCAGGAGCUUCUCACGAACCACACCCCCCAGGAUAUCCCCCUCACGAUCUACGCCAACACGUUCCUCCCUCGUACGAAUGAACAACAGCAUGGCAUACUCCACUGCGCCUGGCACUAGUCCUCUUGACGACCUCUUCCUCACUCUCAAUGUUAACAGUGAAGAAUAUCGACAACGUAAGGUAAGACAACAGUUGCUGGUGGACGAGCGAGUGAGGCGCCGACCCACCUGGUUGACCAUCAAGUUAACCAUCAAAUUGACCAUCAAGUUGACCAUCAAGUUAACCAUCAAGUUGACCAUCAAAUUGACCAUCAAGUUGACCAUCAAGUUGACCAUCAAAUUGACCAUCAAGUUAACCAUCAAGUUAACCAUCAAGUUGACCAUCAAAUUGACCAUCAAAUUGACCAUCAAGUUGACCAUCAAGUUAACUAUCAAGUUGACCAUCAAAUUGACCAUCAAGUUGACCAUCAAGUUAACCAUCAAGUUGACCAUCAAAUUGACCAUCAAGUUGACCAUCAAGUUAACUAUCAAGUUGACCAUCAAAUUGACCAUCAAGUUGACCAUCAAGUUAACCAUCAAGUUAACUAUCAAGUUGACCAUCAAAUUGACCAUCAAGUUGACCAUCAAGUUGACCAUCAAGUUAACCAUCAAGUUAACCAUCAAGUUAACCAUCAAGUUGACCAUCAAAUUGACCAUCAAGUUGACCAUCAAGUUAACUAUCAAGUUAACUAUCAAGUUAACCAUCAAGCGACGUGAAACUAAUGAGAAGAAUACAGGUGGACCAAGACCAGGAAAUGUUACAAAUGGAUUUGGAGAAGCUGCAGGUCUGGUCUGA